CCCCAGAAAGAGGACAGCAUCGUCGUGGGCACCUCCACUGGGGCCACGUACCAGUUCCAGCUGCUGCCAGUGAAGAUGGGUAGCCUGGAGAAGCGCUGGGUGCGGACCAAGCCCUUCCAGCAUCACACCCACGACGUGCGAGCCGUGGCCCACAGCUCCACAGCUCUCAUCUCCGGGGGCCUGGAUGCCCAACUGGUGAUCCGCCCACUGAUGGAGAAGAUGCAGAAGAAGGGCUACGACGCUGUGCUCCGCAAAUUCACCUUCCCCCACCGACGCCUCGUCUCCUGUGCCAGGAAAGCCCGUCUGCUCCUGUUCCAGUUCUCCCAGCACCUGGAGCUCUGGAGACUCGGCUCCACUGAUGAGACCGGAAAGGAUGGGGAGGUCCUUCCUGUGUGCCGCAUGCCGGAGCACCUCGUGCAGCUCAAGAGCAAGGGCCCGGAGCACAUCUACUGCAGCUGCAUCUCACCCUGCGGGGGCUGGGUCGCCCACUGCACCGCCUCCCGCUUCCACCUCUACCGGCUGCACUACGAGGGGGACAGCGAGGGGGACAGUGUCAGCAUCAAGAAGGUCCCCAAAGUCCCCAAGCUGCUGCUCCCAGCCUACCAGCUCCAGUUCUCUGCUGACUCCAGCAGCCUCUUUGUUGCUUCUGCUCGAGGCUCUGGCUGGGUCCUCCAGCUGCUGGCGCCCGGGGGAUGCAAACACCUGCACACGUUUCGGCCGCCCUCAGGGUCCCCCGAGGCUGUUUACCUGCUGGCAGCAAGCGCGGACGGGCACUGGCUGGCUGCUGUGGGUGGGGACUGGGCCAUCCACAUCUACAACUUGAAAUGCUUCAAGCAUCACUGCACGGUGCCCACCUACAGCUGCGCCGUGACGGCCCUCGCCAUCCACCCCCUCACCAACAACCUCGUCAUCGCCUACUCCGACCAGCAGCUGUUCGAGUUCAGCAUUCCCGAGAAGCAGUACACGGCCUGGAGCCGCGCCGUGCAGAACGGGGGGCUGCACCGGGCCUGGCUGGAGAGGGACACGCCCAUCACCCACAUCGCCUUCAACCCCAAGAACCCCUCACACAUCCUGCUCCACGACGUCCACAUGUUCUGCCUCCUCGACAAGUCCCUGCCCUUGCCGGACAACAGUGCCCUCCUGAUGAACCAGAGCACCCUGAAGCAGCUCCCAGAGACAGCCCGGCAGCGGCAGCUCCACGCCUUCAAGAUCUGCAAGAAGUUCCAGCCCCUACUCUUUGCCGACAUGCUGGACGAGAACUGCCUGGUGAUGGUGGAGCGGCCCAUCAUGGACAUCAAGACCCAGCUGCCGCUGCCUGUCCAACAGAAGAAAUUUGGCACCUGA